AAAGGCUUCGGAUGCCCCCCACAGCAUGGCGUUCCAGGAAAGCAAGCCCUCCACGCGCAUUCCGUCCAACACUUUGUCUACGCAGUGAAUGACGCCGCACGCACUUGGCGCGCAUGUUCGCCAGGCCCCUGGCCACGACGCUGCGAGAGCAACCCUCCGUUGCCGAGUGGUCGCCGGGGGGCGGGCGCGGCGCAAGCGUGGAAGUGACUUCCUCACCGCGUCGGCGAAGAAAGCAAGAGCCUUCUCUUCAUGGCCCUUCCUCGCGAACCCGGCGACAACAUCGGUCCCUGGUGAUAUCUGAAACGAGACAGCAGCUCCUUCUACGUCCCCCAAAACUUCAUGCUGCCAUCCAUCAUGGUGUUCCAGGGUUUCAAAGUCCGGCGAGCCAUUGCGUCGAACACUUUGUGUGCAUUUGUGGUAUUCUCGUAACUCCGAGCGUGAAAACGAAGCCACACCAACCAUCCCGGCCGAAAAGGGCAGAAAAUGACCUAAUUUAACGCCUUCUCUCUCUCUUCGCCGCCGUGGGAGAGCUACGCCGACAUCUCUUCUUCUCCCAUGGCGAUCGAAUCGGCAGCGCGUUUUCCAUCUCUGCCAGGCAUCAAUGCGGGAUUUGCGUUCGCAUUGGUAUUGUUGUCGCUUUGGAUCGGAACGGGGAUGGCGGAGAUCCGUGAAAUGGCGGUGCUGUCCGACGCACGGUCUAUCAUCCCCUUUGACGAGUUCGGAUUCACCCGGUGGGGCGGCCUGGAGCUCAACGUCUCCGGCAUCUCCUUCUCCUCCGAUUCGUCGACGGACGAUUUGGACCUGACGCAGUUGGGAUUCUUUCUGUCGACUCGGGACGCCUGGAUCCACGUCCUGCGCCAGCUGCAGGAUCUCGACAUCACCUGUGCCCUUCAGUCGGAGCUCGUCCGCGUCGUCUACUCCUUCGACCGUUUACUCCCGCCACCCAAUCCCUCGGGUAUAGCCGUCGCCCGCGCCACCACCUUCCGUUUCGCCGUCAACCUCACCGACAGUCCUGGCCAGUUCACUCUCGUCUUCGCAAACUGUCUCCCGCCGCUCGGCGUCUCCAUGAAAGUCCGCUCUGCCAUGUUCAACCGCCCGGACCCUAACGAUCCAUCCUCCCGCGCCUACUUAUCUGCCGGCGCCGCCGUGCUCCCCCAAGUGUACUCCUAUCUCUUUUUCGUGUAUGCUGCUCUCGCCGUGUUUUGGGCCGCGGCCCUCUUCCGGAGGCGCCGCUCCGUCUUUCGCAUCCACUACUUUAUGCUCUCUGUCGUCAUCCUCAAGGCCCUCAACCUCCUCUGUGAGGCCGAAGACAAGUCGUACAUCGAGCGCACAGGCUCAGCCCACGGUUGGGAUGUCCUCUUCUACAUCUUCAGUUUCCUCAAGGGUAUAUCCCUCUUCACCCUCAUCGUCCUCAUCGGCACUGGCUGGUCCUUCCUCAAGCCCUACCUCCAUGACCGGGAGAAGAAGGUGCUCAUGGCCGUGAUCCCACUCCAGGUCGUUGCAAACAUCGCUCAGGUCGUCAUCGACGAGUCCGGACCCUACGCCCGCGACUGGGUGACGUGGAAGCAAGUCUUCCUCCUCGUCGACGUGGUCUGCUGCUGCACUAUCCUCUUCCCUAUCGUCUGGUCCAUCAAGAACCUCCGCGAGGCUGCCAAGACCGACGGAAAGGCCGCUGUCAACCUCCUGAAGCUCACCCUCUUCCGCCAGUAUUACGUCGUUGUCAUCUGUUACAUCUAUUUUACUAGGGUGGUGGUUUACGCCCUCAUCACAAUCACUUCUUACCGAUACCUGUGGACGAGCGUGCUUGCUGGGGAGCUAGCCACCCUUGGUUUCUACGUCUUUACUGGGUACAGGUUUAGGCCUGAGGCUCAUAACCCUUAUUUCGCCAUUGAUGAUGAAGAGGAGGCGGCUGCCGCUGAGGCGCUCAAGCUGGAUGCAUGAUGACUAUGAAUUGUGAAGUAAAAAUAUCCAGUAACUCAGAGAUUAGAGGUUUGUUGCUUCGUUUUCUUUCUUCUUGUAUCUUACAUUUACUUCACGUUGUUCCACAUUUGCCACCUGAACAUGUAAAAUCUCGUUCAUUUGCUACCAAAUUAUACAUGCUAGUUAAUGUAUGUUUUUAGUGAUUGUUACAUCCUUGCUCGUA